AUGGACCCAGACUCCAGCUCCCAGACCCCAUGGACCCAGACUCCAGCUCUCAGACCCCAUGGACCCAGACUCCAGCUCCCAGACCCCAUGGACCCAGAAUCCAGCUCUCAGACCCCAUGGACCCAGACUCCAGCUCUCAGACCCCAUGGACCCAGACUCCAGCUCCCAGACCCCAUGGACCCAGACUCCAGCUCCCAGACCCCAUGGACCCAGACUCCAGCUCUCAGACCCCAUGGACCCAGACUCCAGCUCCCUGAUCCAAUGGACCCAGACUCCAGCUCUCAGACCCCAUGGACCCAGACUCCAGCUCUCAGACCCCAUGGACCCAGACUCCAGCUCUCAGACCCCAUGGACCCAGACUCCAGCUCCCUGAUCCCAUGGACCCAGACUCCAGCUCUCAGACCCCAUGGACCCAGACUCCAGCUCUCAGACCCCAUGGACCCAGACUCCAGCUCCUAG